AUGUAUAAGCCUGCUCCGCCUCGGCCGAAGAAGACAAACAUAACUCGCACACGAACGGGCUGCUUGGAAUGCAGAGCACGGCGGUGUGAUGAAAAAAAGCCCAUGUGUGGACGCUGUGAGCGUCUAGGGGGUGAUUGCAAACAUGACACUGCAUUCAAGUUCUAUCAGGUCUACAAGCAUGAGGCUGCUGAGAAACGUACUGUCAAUCAUCCCACAGCACGUCAAGUCACAGAAAGCAAGACGCAUCUACUGGCAUCGUCCACCACAAAUGAACAGCUUCCUUUGGUAGGACAAGCAGGCCAAAAUGAAACAUGGCCUCGGGCUCCUGGGUUACCGCAAAGCGUCAUACUACGGGCCAAACCUGCAGAGGCCGUGAUGUUUUACUCGACGGAGUGGGAUUGGCGAUGUCUUGCUUCACUUGCUUCACUUGUUCGCAAAGGCGACAUGCUCUCGAUCAGAUCGUCGCCCCUCUUCGUGGACAUCAUGGCGGCAGUAUCCGCGAGCCAUCUCAGCCGAACAUCACCGCAACGAAGGCUGCUGAUGGGUCCCGGCAUGCGCGAACAGAAUUUCAGACCUGAUCCGGGCCAUGAAUCCGUAAGUCAAGAAAUCUACGGCUCAGUCAUGAAGAAGAUGGCACGAUGGAGUGUGCAAGACUUUGGCGCCCAUCCCAUUCUGGGCUUGGCUGUCAUUACCCUUUUUUGCCUCAUAGAAUCGUCAAUGGGGUCCUUUCAAGCCUUUGGGCUGCACUAUGACGGCGCCAUCAGUCUCAUCAAAGACCUCGCCGCAAGAGGUAUUGCUCAGAGGGGCCAGGCGUGCACUCUGCUGGCAACUCUGGUGGAAAUCCGGAUGCAGAUGUGGUGGCGCAGGGUGUACUUUGGUACUCGCGAAUUUCACAGAAACCGGCCGAAAGUGUCGCUGGAUCCUGUGUUUAGCCAUCUUUCAGCAUUUGAAUCACGGCGUGCAUCGAUUCUUUCGAUACUGUGCGAGUCGCAUCGCAUCAACAAUGCGGCCAUCAUUGCGCAUUGGGACUUGUACUGCCACGCUGACUCGGGCAGCCUUCUUGGAGACGACACCACGGGAAAUCUGCAGGAGAUGAUCGAGCCAUUUGUGCAGAAAAUCAGAUAUGAGAAAGACCGACUCGAUGCAUGGGACGGACUGUUUUCCCUUUCUGGCCGAGUAGAGGAUGCAGACAUGUUGCAUGCCACGGCAGCAACGCUCAAAGUGCGCCCGCUGCACAUGCCAUCCCACACCGAGGCCAUGGACUAUGCUUAUUACAUUGCAUCGCGAGUGCUGCAGUGUCCCGGGCCUCUGUAUAGCCUAUACACACAACGCUCAGAGGAGAUGCGCAAAAGGUACACAGAGGUCGAGUCUUGGAUACACCUCCUCCUGCGUGUCGUGGCCGGCAUGGACUGGCAAGACUGUGUACGGUACAACAUGUAUACAAUCGGAAUCACAAGCUUGCUUCUCGCAUGUCUGCUUCGCUCCCAUGAUCCACGCAUUGGGUUGUGGUGCGAGAAUUGGCUGCAGGGCUGUCUAGAUGGCAGCAGUUUUGAGGAGGGAAACUUUCCCUUGUUUCAAACUUCGAGAAUUAUACGCCUAAUAAUUGGCCAACGCAGCCAGGAACGCGAUAUCUUCGGUCUUUUCCAGACGGUCGAAGAUGGCGGAGGUUCAGGAAAGUUUGGUUCAUAUCAAAGUCAGGCCUUGUCGUCCUUGCUGGUAUAUAGCAGGUGUAGGACGACAGGGCAGCUGCACUCGCAUUAUGUUUCUAUCUGA